GGAUGAACUCCGGAUUCCAAUGCACAUGGACCGUCCUGGCGAUGGCGGAUUAGGGCAAUCGGGUGAGUUGUUUCGUCUCGGGCAAGGCAGCAAACUUUUAUCUUGGAGUUCAUCGUUUUGUUUUGCGUUGGCACAUCUCAAGACUUUGUAAGAAGCUUUUGGAGGAGUUAUGUCUCGCCGAUAUGAUAGUCGGACGACGAUUUUCUCUCCGGAGGGUCGGCUGUACCAGGUGGAAUACGCUAUGGAAGCAAUUAGCAACGCGGGUGCGGCAAUCGGGGUGUUGGCCAAGGACGGAGUAGUGCUCGCAGCGGAGAAGCGUGUCACCUCUAAGCUUCUGGCAACUCUAAAAUCCACGGAGAAAAUGUACAAGAUCGACGACCAUGUUGCUUGCGCUGUUGCGGGCAUAAUGGCCGAUGCCAACAUCCUUAUUAACACCGCGCGAUUGUCCGCGCAGAGGUACACGCUUGCUUACCAGGAACCGAUGCCCGUGGAGCAGCUCGUGCAGUCUCUGUGUGACACCAAGCAGGGUUACACUCAGUUCGGUGGGCUUCGUCCGUUCGGAGUAUCGUUCUUGUUUGCAGGAUAUGACAAGAACUUCGGUUUUCAAUUGUAUAUGUCGGAUCCGAGUGGAAAUUAUGGGGGUUGGAAGGCCGGUGCUAUUGGGGCUAACAAUCAAGCGGCUCAGUCGAUGUUGAAGCAGGAUUACAAGGACGAUAUGACGAGGGAGCAAGCCGUGCAAUUGGCCCUGAAGGUAUUGAGCAAGACGAUGGACAGCACGUCACUGUCGGCCGAGAAGCUGGAGCUUGCAGAGAUCAGUUUGAGCCCGGAUGGUGUGUUCCAGUACCAGGUUUGCAGUCCAGAGAAUCUGAAUAAGUUGCUGUUGAAGCAUGGUAUCACACAAGCAGCUGAGGAGAGUAAUUAGGUAUUGUGGCAAUUUUCCAUAGGCAGGUCUAUGAGGACAUCUAAACAGUGACAGCCUUGAACUUUUCUGAAAUAAUAGACUUCUCCGUCAAACUUACGGAAUUGAUUGGGCCAGCCAUGCUUGAUCGACUUGAAUUCUUGUUGCUACUCUGAUUGGACAAAUUUCUGUCACCAUCUUUUGUAAAGAGUAAUAUAGGUCAACUUUCCGUUUCAAUUGACAUUCA